AUGGAGCCAGAAUCCAUAGAAAUUUGUCCUUAUAACCCACACCACCGAAUCCCACUCAGCAGAUUCCAGUACCACCUGGCAUCAUGCAGGAAGAAGAACCCCAAGAAAGCCAAAAAGAUGGCCAGCUGUAAGUACAACGCCUGCCAUGUGGUCCCCAUCAGAAAGCUGGCUGAACAUGAAGCUACCUGUGUUAACAGAAGCUCCCUGGAGGAAGAGGACACUUUAGGCCCUCUGCAAGUCAGUCUCCCACAGCCGCAAAACGAGGACACACCACAGAGUUUUGUUCCCCAAAAACUUGUUUGUGAAAGUGACACCCAAGAGUCAGGGGAGGAGACCAAUGCCCAGAAGAUCCUCAGACUAGGACCAGGAAGGCAAACUUCUAGCAGGAGGAAGAGGGCUCUCAAAUGCGUGGAUGGACCUCGCAUCUCAUCUGAAUAA